UCUUAGACCGAGUGUUAAAUAGCUAGGACCAGAAUUCUCCUUCACAAUGUCCAUCAUGGCCCAAUCUCUAGAGGACAUGGCCGAGGAGCUGACAUGCCCCAUCUGUCUCUGUCACUUCACCACCCCAGUGUCCACUCCAUGUGGGCACAACUUCUGCUCUGAGUGCCUGGAGCUCACCUGGAAGGACGAGAACAAGGAGUACAGCUGUCCCCAGUGUAGGUGCACCUUUGACAGGAAGCCAGACCUGAUGAAGAACACCUUGCUGAGUAACCUGGUCAGUAAGGUAAUGGAGGCCAAGGCUGUCAGUGAGUCCAAGGAGGAUGUGAUAGUGGAGGAGGUUGUGGAUGAGAAGAGGGUUGAGGAAGAGAUUGUGCUCUGUGAUCACUGCAUGAAGUUGGAAGCUGACAAGACCUGCCUGACCUGCAUGGCUUCCUUCUGCUAUGAGCAUCUUCAGCCCCACAUGGAGAUCCCAUCUUACAGGGACCACCAGCUCAGGAAGCCCCUGGCAGACCUCCAUAUGAGGAAAUGCAUGGAUCAUGGCAAGAUCCUGGACUACCACUGCUGGAGCCACUACAAGAGCAUCUGCUGCUACUGUCUGGCCGACCACAAGCAAUGUCGGACUGACAGCCUACAGGAUAGCAAGAGCAAGAAGGAGUUGGAAAUUAAACAAUUGCUGCGAACGUUAACGGAGAAAAUAGCCAAAGUUUCAAAUGUGUCCGAUGGUGUUAAGAGCGCAGAGAAAAAAGUGAUGGAUACCACAAAGAGAAAGAAGGAUCUUUUGGAAGGAGAAUUUGAUGAAAUCAAAGAUUUGAUUCAACUCGAACAAAGAAAAGCCAUGAACAAAAUCGAAGAGGAAGAAAAGAAAGUUAAAAAUAAAUUUAUAUUCACUUAUAAUGUCUUAAGUAAAAAACAACGAGAAUUGGAAACGUUUAAGGCAAAAGUAGAGUCUCUUUUGCAGCAGGAUGAUGACCUGGAGUUUCUCAAGCGUGCAGAAAAACUACAAGACACAACAUCCAAAGAUCCGUUCAAACCAAAUAUUGAGUUUGACGAAAACCUUCUGCAACAAAUCUAUAGAAAUACCGUCUCACUGAAAGAAAUCCUAAAAAACAAAGUUGAACAUCCAGGUGAAAUUCCAGAACAGAAUUGUCCUCCUUUAGUGCCAAGGGAACCACGAGGCAGGGAAAGUGAAUUCAAGAAACGUGAAAUACCAGAAAAGAAUCGUCCUCCUUCAGUGCCAAGGGAACCACAAAGCAGGGAAGGUGAAUUCAAGCAACAUGAAUUUGCAGAAAGGAAAUAUGUACCUCUAGUGCCCAAGAAACCUGAACAUGAGAAGACACCUAGAAAACCGAGGAAUAAAAAGACUCCUGCAGCGGCUGCGGCAGCUGCUUCGGCAGCGGUAGCGGCAACAGCUUCAGCAACAGCACAAGUAGAAGCUGUAGUGAAAACAUCACCAGGUCCAGUCAUUCCAACGAGAGAAGAACUCCUGAGAUAUGCUGUGCGUCUUCAAGUGGACAUCAAUACUGUUCACAAAAGGGUUUUACUAUCCAACCAAAAUACCAAGCUGACGAUUAGUGAUAGACCCCAAGAUUACCCAGAUAACCCCCAAAGAUUUGUACAUUGCUCUCAGGCUCUGUGCUCGACUGGCUUUUCAAACGGCCUCCACUACUGGGAGAUAGAACUCCAAGGUGGCAACUUCAGUGGCUUAGGUGUAGCCUACGGGAGCAUCGCCCGUACAGGGGGUGAGAGCCGUCUAGGGCGCAGCAAAGCCUCCUGGUGCAUUGAGUGGUUUAACGGGAAAUUGCAAGCCUGGCAUAACGAUAAACAAACGGAUCUUCCUGUACACAACACUAGCAAAAUCGGGGUUCUGCUCAACUGCAAUGAAGGUUUUGUUACCUUUUUCUCUGUUGCGAAAAAAUUCUGCCAGAUUUACAGGUUCAAAGCAAAAUUCACUGAAAUUGUCUACCCAGCAUUUUGGGUAUUUUCUAGUACUACCACCUUGUCCAUUAGUUCCCUGUACUAAUGCAGUGUGGGGUACCUCGCAUGAGAUCUUGGCUGUGUUCCCUGUACAUUCUAGAGCACCAACAGAUUUUGUAGAGCUUGAGACGUUUUAUUGAAGGGUAUUAAAAGUCCCCUUCUAUCAAUGUGAUCGCCAUUCACCCCCCUUUAAUCAGUACUAGUUAAUCUUAAAAUAGAUUAUUCACCUUGUUUCCAGUGCAGAGACGUCUUUGCGGCAGCCUCCAGUUCUGCAUCUGUCAACAGCAUCUUUGCUGACAUCACACGUGAUCUUGUUCAAUCCAAUGCGUCUCACUGAGAAGCAUUGGGGACGGCAAUACAUGCGCAGCAAAAAAUGACAGGACCACUUCACCCAAACCAGGAAAGCUAAACUUGAUGUCUCGUUUCAGACUAUGUAACCAUGUAAGACCAUUUCAUUGAGAUGAAGUGGUCUGGCUGACUGCGGUGGACCUUUAAUUAGAUAAAAGCGAGAAAACGAAGUAGCAGGUUUGAGAAAUUUGCCUGCACGCUUACAAUCUACAGAUAAGCCAGUAUAAUAAUUAUAAGGGCCCUACCUGAAACCUUACAAUCAAAAUUGAUUCAGUAAUUAUUGAUUACUCUGCGUUUGAGUGUAUAGUUUUGGGAAAAAAUAUUCUACAAGCUUUUCGACUUUGAUGACCUUGCCAGCACACUUAUAACUAAUAUUGUAGGUUAUCGGUGGACUGCUUGCAGAUUUACAAUCUGUACAAUAUUUAUAAAUGAUCCAUAGGUUUUCAGGGCUCAGCAUGCAGACUAGAGUUUUAAAAACUGAGUAAGUUUUAAAAACUGAAAUAUUGGGGGCUCAGCCUGCACGUUUAUAAACCGGUACCGUAAGCUUUGAGCAUCCUCAAUGCAAUCCUAAAAUUUCGAUUUUAAGUCUUCAAGCUUAUUAUUGAUAAUUAAAUGUAUCCAGUUGGUUGGUUUUGAGGGCUGUGCCUGCAAGCUUACAAUCUAGACAUAAACUGAUACUGUAGGUUAAGGAUGACCCUGUCUGCAAACUUACAAUGCAAAAAGAAAAUGAAGCAGUAGGUUUCGAGGGCAUUUUUGCAGAUUUAUAGUCUAGAAAUAAACUGAUACACUUGCUUGGUUUUGAGGAUUCUGACUACAGGUCCAUAAUCUACAGCAGUGGGACGUGUCUGUACAAAGUGAUAAAGUAUUACUACAACGUCCACGUCAUUGCCCCGAGUUUGACCGCGUUGACUUGCCGUUGACGUCUGCCGUAACCACUGCUCAGUAGAGGCAUUCUACCAUACUCCGUUGCCGAAUUAUUCUGGUAAAUGCCACGUGGAUAUUUGUAGAAUUACCAGCUGUGUUUAUUGCCUGUAAUUCACAAAGUCGUCAGUUGCUACAGAAUGGCACAUGUUUAAGAUUACGAUUUAAUAGGCUUCAUGACAUUUACUGGGAUAGAAUGUUCUAUAUUGGAGCGAAUAGUAUUUGUGUAUAACUAAAACGUUCCAUUCUACAAUUUCUCGUCCCCAGUAUGUACAUUGUUAAUCUUACACAGAGGGUGUUUUCUUAAUUGCAUUUAGGGAAUACCACUCAAAACAAAUCUAUAUAUAAAUAAUAAGAGACCUGAUGGCACUUUGAUGACAAAACAAAAAACCCAACAGAAUUAAUUCCAGAUGACUUAAAAGUGAACAGGCUGAGUAACAAAAACAGAUGGGGAAGCCAGUCUGUAAAAGGGGUAUCAGGGACAGAAAUACAAACCACUACUAGUUUAUUUCACUCUGGUUUGAGGCUU